UGAUAAAAGAGAAGAGUGAAAUGGAGCUUACACCUGUGAAGUCUGAACUGAGCCCAAGAAGUCAUAGGAUGCUCAUGCUAGAUGGUAGUGAGGUUAUUGCCACUAAGUGUGUCAAAAGGAGGCGAAGAGAUUCGUCUUUGGCGGUGUUAGGAGGCAAUGGACAACGAGGGGAACAGUUGGAAGAACAGAAGCAACUUGGUGGCCAAUCAACCGCCACCACUGUGAAGAGAAGCUCAAGGUUCAGGGGUGUUAGCAGACACAGGUGGACCGGAAGGUUUGAGGCACAUCUAUGGGAUAAAGGGACCUGGAACCCCACACAGAAGAAGAAAGGAAAGCAAGUAUAUUUGGGAGCUUAUAAUGAUGAAGAAGCUGCUGCUAGAGCCUAUGAUUUGGCUGCACUCAAGUACUGGGGAACAUCAACUUUCACAAAUUUUCCUGUACCUGAUUAUGAGAAAGAACUUGAGAUAAUGAAAACUGUAACCAAAGAAGAAUAUCUUGCUUCAUUGAGAAGAAGGAGCAGUGGUUUUUCCAGAGGUGUGUCAAAGUAUAGAGGAGUAGCAAGGCAUCAUCACAAUGGAAGAUGGGAAGCAAGGAUUGGAAGAGUGUUUGGCAACAAGUACCUCUACCUUGGGACUUACAGUACACAAGAAGAGGCAGCUCGUGCAUAUGACAUUGCAGCAAUUGAAUACAGAGGCAUAAAUGCAGUGACAAACUUUGACUUGAGCACCUACAUCAGAUGGCUAAGACCAGGAACACAUUCUAAUAUUUCUCAAGAUCAAAAGCCUAGCUUAGACCCUCAUUCCUUUGCAACCUCUAACUCCAUGCAAACAAGAGGGAACAUUGAGUUAUCCAACACCAACAUGCAUUCAUUCCCCUCAGGUGAAUUGGACUGUACCCAGAAGCGAGACUUUUCCAAGUACAUGACCCCUUUGAGUCCUUGCAACAAGGCCUCUUCCCCAACAGCGCUAGGACUUCUCCUGAAAUCCUCAGUGUUUAGAGAACUGAUGCAGAGAAAUCUGAACUCUUCUGGUGAAGAAGCUGAAGAAGUUGAACUGAAAUACCCUCGAGAGAGCAAUGAGGAGGUUGGAGGGAUUUAUGAUAAUGACAACACAAGUAACUCUUACUUUUGCUCUUCUAGUAUCAACAGAUUACCUAAUCUGGAGUCAUCAGAAGAAAGUUCGUUGCCUAUGUAUCAUAGAACAGUGCAAUCCCUAUGGAAUGGUGCUUUCAACAUGUCUAACUGAUUGCUUUUGUUAUCUUCGUUUUUUUUUUUUUUUGUUCUGUUAAGAAUAUUUGAGAGAAAAUCUCACCCUCCUUAGCAUACUAGUGGAUGUCAAAUAAUUGCUAAGAUGUGCAUAUUGGAACUUCGACCUUGACUGUUCAUAA